CGUACGUAGGCAUGUUUUUUUCGAAAAACUGUCCAAUAUGCGAACUUUAAGGCGACUCGUGUGCGUGGAAGGUUUGAGUCAAUUGCACAAUUCGUCGCAAGUCGUAUGGGGAAGCACAAGAAGGGGGUGGAGGACGCCGACGGGGGCGCCGAGUCCGUCUUCACGCCGCAGCUGGGGGCGGACGACAUGCCCGACCACUUCGACAGUGUACCGAUCUUCUCUCCAAGGCAGUCGACCGUGCGCGAGUCCAUCAUGAGUCAGUUUCCCGUAUCAGAGCUCAAGUACAAAGAAAACCCCAAGACCUUUCGCGGUCGCAUUCGGACGUGGCCAGGCGUCCUGCUGGCGCUGGCUUUGCUGGCCCUCACGGCCGUGCUCGUCACGUAUUUCGCCAUCGACUCGCACAACACCAAGCAAGCACUCGUCGCGGCAGUGCAAAAACGCAAGUUUCAAGCCAACACGAUCGGGGGAGGAGAUACAACCCCCCCUGGCGAUGUCCUCGUUGAUGCGGACGACGGCGUCAUGGGCAAUCCCAAGGUGUACCCCGUCCAGCAAUGCGAACUGCCCAACUACAUCAGCAAGAGCAACAAGAUCUUCUCCGUAUCGUCUACAGGUGUCGAAGUGCCCGUCGCCAUCAAGGGCAUCAAUUGGUUUGGCAUGGAAACGGGAGAUGCCAUUCCAUUUGGGUUAUGGGCGAACGAUCAAAACGGCACCACAGCAUACCAAAUCGCCUCGUUCUUGUCAGCCAACAAGUUCAACAGCGUCCGGCUCCCCGUGUCCGUGUACAACAUCCUCAACAACGUCAAGCCCAAGCAAAGCAUGAUCAACGUCGCAGCCAACCGCGCGUUCGACGUGAGCUCAUACCUGGCGCUGCUCAAGAGCGUCAUCACAACGCUAGCCUAUCGCAAAAUCUCGGUCAUGAUCUCCAUCCACACGCUAACUCCGCAGUCGUCGGGCGGGUCAUGGUUCAACAAUGACAUUUCCAAGGACAUGUUCCUAAGCUCGAUCGACAUGCUCACCACCGAGCUGUGCCAUGCAAAGUACUGGAACAUCAUUGGGGUCGACUUGAAGAACGAGCCGUACGAGUCGACGUGGGGCGACAGUGGGCCCAUGGACUUUCACCAAGGCGCGACCAUCAUCGGCAAUCGCAUGCUCAAGGGGUGUCCGCAGUGGCUGGCGUUUGUCGAAGGCAUUGUGACCGCCCACGAAGUCGACAUUGGUGGCGACACGUUUAGUUACUACGACUGGUGGGGCGGCGGGCUACAGCGCGCCAAGGACUUUCCCGUCCAGCUUUCCAUACCUAACAAGGUCGUAUACGCGCCGCAUUACUACAAUCCUGCCGUGUACCCACAGUCGUACUUUUUUGACAAAGGGGGGGUCGUGCGCUCGAACGGGGCCAUGAUUGGGUACAAAGAGUUACCCGAUUCUGUCCUUCGACAGCGCGUGGCAGCGACCAUGGACACGAUGUUUGGGUUUCUGACUAAAACCCAAGACGCUGCGGUCGUGCUGGGGGAGUUUGGGGGGUUGUACGCUUUGGACUUGCACCCCCUCAAGACUACACAACGAUGCACCGACUACACCGUGCAGGAGAUCAUGCGUCCGGGGUACGUUGGCGGGUACGUGUGGAGCAUGAACCCUGAGAGCGCCUACCAGUUCAACCCGUCCGACGUCCGGGGCAACUUUGUCGAAGGCGUGCUCAACCUGGACUGGCUGUCGGCCAACAAGGACUUCUUGGCAGCACUCAAACCCCUCGAUCAAAUGGCAGAUCUCAAGAUGUUUCCGUGCUUUGAAAAGGAGGCACUUUAACCUCUACAACAUGUCGUAUUGGUUUUGUAUGAUCGUCGUAUGUAGCCAUCUCGACGCUGGAGGGGGGGCUAUUUUUGCGACGAUCACCUUCCGAGUCCCGAGUAAGCAACUGUCCCCCCCUGCCCCGAAGUGUAUCGUGUUCGUCACGCGAUACUGUCAGUAAAAACACUGAAACUCACUUGCAAUCAUUG